AUGCCCACCGAUUCGUUGUACGAGCGGCUGAAGCAGCGACGGCCGAUGGAGCAGCAGGAGCAGCUGCAGGAGUUGGAGGUGUUUUGGGGCGAGGAUGACCUGCAGCUGACAAUUGCAUUCGGAGAGCGGCGGAUGGAGCUGCAACGGCGGGCACAGGACGAGGAACUUCUGGAGAGGUUGAAACGGCGCGUGGCUGGGGACAAGGCGCUUGUCAUGUCUGUCAUCCUGCUGAAUUGUCUAGCGCUGGCGUUGUACCGCCCCUCUCUGGAGGCUGACAGCCGGUGGAACAGGAUUUUGGAGGAUGUGGAUGUUGCUGUCAACAUUCUUUUCACUCUCGAGAUGGUCCUCAUGGUUGUUGCAGCAGGUGGUCUUAUCGAGUACCUCAGGGGGCCAUGGAAUGUUUUUGACUUUUGCAUGGUGCUGGCUGGCUACACCGCCUUCAUCCCAGACAGUGCGUCCUCAUCCAGCAGCAGCUCCGCGUCUAGUGCCUCUGCCAUCCGCGCCUUGCGGGCGCUGAGGGCGCUGCGCCCGCUGCGCACCAUCACCCGCUUCGAGUCGCUGCGCUCCAUCGUGGUCUGCUUCCUGGAGGCAGUCCCCAUGCUUGGGAGCCUAAUUGCCCUGCUCUACUUCUUCAUGCUACUCUUUGCCAUUGCGGCGACUGUGCUGUUCCUGGAUGUCGCCUACUACUCGUGCAUGGAUGAAAACACUGGCGAAAUGCCCGAGGCGGCUGCCGGGAGCGAGAUCUGGGGCUGUGGUUCCCGCAUUUGCCCUGCCAACAUGACCUGCAUGGAACAUCCCUUGCACCCGCCGCUCAAAACUGCCGGCUUUGGGAAUGUUGGGCUGUCUCUGCUGUCCCUGUUCCAAGUGGCGACCCUGACCGGCUGGUCUACUCAGCUGUACAUGGUGAUGGAUCGUGCAGGCCCCUUUUCCUUGGUCUUUUACAUCUUGUACAUCUUGCUGCAGUGCUACUUUGUGGCGGUACGGGCACGCACCCAGCAGCACAUGGCCACACGGCGCAACGCCUUUGAGGAGCGCAUGUCUCAGCGCUCGUCGCGAGCCACCAGUGCCAGAAUUCCCGACCACCUGCAGGUGCGCGCGGAGUGA